AUGAGUGGAGUGAACAGUAUGUUUCAGGUGUUCCUAACGGGGAACAACUCGAAUCACUUCACCAUCUCUCCCACAGCGGUGCAGGGCCGUGCUGACAUCAGGAUGAGGGUGGACGUGCCUCUGGACUACGAGAACAUCCAAAGCUACAGCUUCUCUCUAUAUGCCAAUGAGUCCAUGUCGGAACAUGUGGGUUUUGCCCGUAUCUACAUUGACCUGAUCAAUGAGAAUGACAACCGGCCCAUCUUCCUUAAACCUCUGUAUAACAUCAGUUUGCCUGAGAACACACCCAGAGGAACCUCCCUGCUACGCAUCCAGGCUAUAGACGGUGACUUUGGCACAUUUGGGACAGUGCGGUAUUACUUCAGUGAUGAGCCUGACCAGUUUUCGUUGGAUGCUGAGACAGGCUGGGUGCAUCUGUGGGGCAAUCUGGACUACGAGCUGAUGCGUCGGUUCACCCUGACCGUGCUGGCCCGGGACGGGGGUGGGGAGGAGACCACGGGCAGGCUGUGGGUCAACGUUCUGGAUGUCAAUGACAACACACCCCUUUUCCAGAAGGAGGCCUACAUGGGCUCACUGAGAGAGAACGAACAGGCCGCGCAGCAGGUGGCCCGAGUCAGGGCGACAGAUGAGGACUCUCACCCUAACAACUUCCUGACCUACACCAUCACAUCAGUGUCGGCAUUCCGUAGUUACUUCAGAAUCACCAUGGUGGAGGGCUAUGCAGUGAUCAGUGUGAACAGCCCUCUGGACUACGAGAUGGUCCCUGAAGGAAUGAUCUACCUGACUGUGAUGGCCAAAGACGGCGGAAACCCAGCCCUUAACAGCAGUGUCUCUGUCACCGUGGAGCUGUUUGAUGAGAAUGACAACCCGCCAAAGUUCAGCAAGCAGUCCUACAUCGUCAAGAUCCCUGAGAACAUCAUUGCAGGGGCGACGGUUGUGUUUGUGAAUGCCACUGAUCUGGACGCCUCCCGGGAGUUUGGACAGGCCUCCCUCAUCUACUCCUUAGAGGGCUCCUCCCAGUUCCGCCUCAACACGCGCUCAGGAGAGAUCACCACUACAGCGUUACUGGACAGAGAGCUGAAGUCAGAGUACAUCCUGAUUGUCAGAGCUGUGGAUGGAGGGGUGGGGCCACUGCAAAAGACAGGCAUUGCCACGGUGAACAUCACCAUCCUGGACAUCAACGACAAUGUCCCCAUGUGGCGAGAUGAGCCGUACCAUGCCAACGUGGUGGAGAUGAGCCCUAUCAGCACUGACGUCAUCUCUGUGCUAGCGAUAGACCCAGACGUUGGGGACAAUGGGACAGUGGUGUACAGCAUCAGUCCAGAGAACCCCUUCUACACCAUCAACAGCAGCACGGGGAAGAUCAGGACCAGCGGGGCCGUGCUGGACAGAGAGAGGUCCAACCCAAAAGACAUCCUGCUCAUGAGGACCAUCAUCGUGUCUGCUGUCGAUCUUGGCAGACCUCCACUGCGUUCCUCAGUCAGCACCACGGUGUACAUCAACUUGCUGGACCUUAAUGACAAUGACCCCACCUUCCUUAACCUGCCCUUUGUGGCCGAGGUGCCAGAGGGCCUGCCUAGUGGAUCCUCUGUGUUCAAGAUCCAGGUGGAGGACCCUGAUGAGCAGGAGAAUGGUAGGGUUACCAUGGGGCUACUGGUGGGCAUGCCACGCCUUGACUUCUAUCUCAACACCACCACGGGCGUGCUGUACUCAACGGCAACUCUGGACCGCGAGCAGAUAAGCCUGUACCACCUGAGGAUCGUGGCGUACGACCAAGGGCAGAACCCACGCACCUCCACCAGCACCCUUACCAUCACAGUCCUAGAUGCCAACGACGAGACCCCCACCUUCUUCCCCAAGAUAUACAACGUGUCCCUGCAGGAGAGCGUCCCCAGGGACCAUGUGGUUGCUCGCCUCAACUGCUCUGACAACGACGCCGGCCUCAACGCCGAGCUCAGCUACUUCAUCACAGGUGGUAACCAGGAUGGUAAAUUCAGUGUUGGCUUCAGAGAUGGUGUGGUCCGGACUGUGGUUGGCCUGGACAGAGAGACACAGGCUACAUACUCACUGGUCAUAGAGGCUAUUGACAAUGGUCCAGCAGGCAGCAGGAGGACAGGCACAGCCACAGUGUUUGUAGAAGUACUGGACGUGAACGACAACAGACCCAUCUUCCUCCAGAACAGCUAUGAGACCAGCAUACUGGAGAAUGUCCCCAUAGGAUACAGCAUCCUGCAGGUACACAGGCAGGCUGACACGCGCGGGGCACGUAUGUACACACAAUCAUAUACAUGAAUGUAGGUAUGCACGCACGCAUACACACUCAUGCAUGCACACACACAGACAUGUGCACACAUAGACAUACAUAUACA